ACGAGUGACGUUUGCGUUGCGGUUGUUGCACAAGUCUAGAGUUGCAUGUCCUCAAAUCAUAAAGAAAACAGCCAACAGCUGCUGUGUACUGUGUCGCUGUAUAUGUGACAAAAGCCGCGAGAUGUAUAUACACAUAAUAACUUCUUAAUAAACUUUCUGUCAAGCGAAGAAGUGACUAAGAUUUGUGUUUUAAAUGUUUUAGUAUUUACAUUAGAACAACUGUACAUUUGAAAACAUCUGUUACUGUUGUUUUUCAAACUAGGAACGACUCAGUGCAUGGAAUCACGUUGUUUAUAAAAAGAAAGUUAAAACAAGUCUAUUUCCUUUGCCUUGUCGGUAUGAAUUAGAAAAAAAAAACUUCAGUUCAUGGAACUCGUAUGACUGUGUUUAUGUGUUGUGAUGUGUUUUUGAAUAUAUAACAUUAAUGAAUUUAAAAUUAUUUUUCAAGUUUUUUCAAGUGAAGUACGCGUACCGACUAAGUGUUGAUAUAGUUGUACAUGAUGAAAAUGUAUUCUGUUAUUUAAAAUAAUGUUAUCUCAGCCUAAAAACAGAGUUCAAGCUAUAAAAAGUAAAUUUGAGAGCUUACAGUCUGAAAACGAGGUGUUGGUUGUUAAGAAAAACACAUCGCACCUAAGUAAAUAUACAGAUUACAAACAAAGCGCAAGUAAAAUCGUUCCUGAACACGACAAUUCCAACAAAGAGAACAAAGAUGAUGAAAUAUCACAGGAAGAAAGUAAUUUGGUCAAUAAUUCGGAGUUUUUGAGUCAGGAAUGGUCAAUACAACCUAAUGCUAGUUAUUUAUACAGUAGUAAUGACUUGAAGAUAGGUUUAUAUGAACCAAAAAUAUCCUUAUCACGCCAAUCUAGUGAUCCAGGGAAGAAAUUACACAGAAGUCAUGCUUUCCGUUGUGACCGAAGUCAAAUUAUGAGCCAGGGCCCCAAACGACAUGGUAGCUGCAAUGGAAGGUCAGAAACUGGUGAUUUUUCACUAAAAAAGAGUGAUAAAAAGCUCUCAAAGGACAGGUUAAAACAGUUGGGUAACUUUAUAGAAGAUCAAAUGAGGAAAGAAAAUCUAAUAGCUUCUAAUUCUCUUAGUAUUGGGGAAAUAUCUGAUAAAUCACCAGAUUCCAUACCUGAUUCAGAGGUACCUAGACACAUAUUGGAUCAGUAUGCAAAAGUAGAUAAAAACAAGAAAGCAGACAAGCAAGAUUCUUUAACAGACAGCGGUGUAAGUUCAGAAACAGAAAAUGUUGAUGAAGAGAAAAACAAAAUUAAGAAGCUUGUAUCACAAUAUGAGAAGCCGGAGAAAAGUAAUAGUGAAGAGUCCAACUUAGUGUCUAUGGACGAUCUAUGUGGGUCAAACGAAACUAUGCGUUUAGAACGAAAAAACCCACACCUGAUCCUCACAGAUACUCUUAAAAAGGCUUUAAAACAGCCACUACCACCUGGACCGCCACCAAAAAAGCCACCUAGAAUUUUCGCAGCCCCAAACCCUGAACAACCAGAAAAACAGAAAAAAGACACGAAAAAGAUGCUUGAAAAACUAGAACAAGCCUUACAAAAACGUGAAGCGAAAACACACAAUCAAAACAAAAACAUGUACGAUAUAUCUGAAGAUAGUGUGACUGAUAAGCCGAAGGAAAUUCACUAUCUGUGUACAGAAAUAUUGGGUAUCACAAAUAGGACAUUAACAAACCAAAGCCGUGAUCCGUUUUCCAAGUGCCUCAAUUCAUUAAAUUGUGCCAUGAUGACCAACAAUUCUACAUUAAGUCUUCCAUAUACACGACUCAACAAUAAAAUGCCAUGUUCGUGCAGCAACGAAAACAUAUCGCGACGUUUGAGCACAUUCCAAAACGAUUCGAAUUUGGAAUCCAACGAAAAGUGUGAUAAGUGUCGUUUGAACGAGGACAAAGAAGGUUUCAAGUGUCAUUUAAAUUGUAAGUGUAAAAUUUUGAAUUCGGAAUUCUAUUUGCAAAAAGAACAUAUUUAUGAUGUGCCAUUUGUGGACCUUGAAAAGAGUGAUUAUGGUGUUCUGAAUAACUGGAAAGGGAAUAUGAGUCGAAGCAUGGAGGAUUUAAGGAACGAUAAUACUGCGGAACAGAAAAUAUACGAUGAACCGUGCGAUAUAUCUCGUCCAGCGACACCGGAGGCGGCCCCAGUGAAGACGGACUUCCAGAAGCUUAGGGAGAACUUCGAGUCGCUUCCGGAAGUUUCUAGAAUGUUCGAGAAGCCGAAGAUUUCGAAGAAACCGCUGACAAAGGUAUGGAAGAGCACGGAGAACGUUUCCGACGAGUUCAAAUUUGUGCGACGAACGGUAGAGAAGAAAUUCGCAACGGAUUCGAAGAAAUACAGACGCACGGACAGAGGGGAUAAGGUCGGAUUCAGCUUGCCGAAGAGCGAUUGCAGUCAACUUGAUGUAGACAGAGAAAAUUUGAAUCGUUUAAUGACGGAAAUAUACGAGACCGUAACGGCCGCCUGCAAGAUGGACGAAAAUAAACCAGGCAGCUUUCCCACUGAUGCCUCGGACUCUACUAGUGAAGAGUCCGUAAAAUUAACCCGGAGUCUAACGGAGAAGCGCAAGAAUUACGUGCGCCGGGUGUCCUCCAGGGUUGCGUACUUGGACCAGAAGAAUGUGAAGACGCGUUUCAGACACCAAACGUCAGUGUGCUCGUACAAAUCGGAGGUCAUAGACAAUCCGUAUUCGACGUUCCGCUCGUGGAAGAGUUUCCGAACGUCGCAGAACAAUUUGAAUUUGGCGCGCGACAUGUCAAUAGAGAGCCGCGAUUUGACAGAUGCGAACGGGUUGUCCAUGGCGGAGAGUAUAGACAAUUUGAGCAUAGACGAGAAGACUGGGUGCGUGGAUAUCGGUCUACCGUUUGAGCCGAGAGAGAGGGGGCUGUUUAAUGUCUGUUUGCUGGUUGGUUUGAAUUAUAUGAGCGGGCAGGCGUAUGUGAAAAGCGUGUUUCCUAAUCAGGUUCAAGUACCACCGCACAUAGAGAACCUGAUAUUCCCAGAGACACUGAGCCCCGGGUCGCUGGGCGAGUGGUCGGCGGACAGGAACGCGCAGUGCUACUCCUUGGUACUGACCGAUGAGAGAGGGGAGCGGGCUUAUGGAUACUGCCGCCGCGUGCUACCCGAAGGCGCUACUACAUGUCUGCCUCUAUGCUACUGCAUCAUCGGCAAGUAUAGGGCACCGGGCUUUUAUUAUAAGAUCCUACAAGAAAUAGAAACCCACCACGGCAACCCGGAAAUCGAAAUCAACCAAAUACUACAGCAGUUAUUCGAAACGGAUUUCCCCAGCCCGGGGGAACAAAUCACGAUCGCCUACAACAGAACGGAGACUAAAGAAAAACCUAGAAAUUCCCUGAACCUAGGCGUAGGCGACUCGCAGAAGUCCAAAACGAUGCCGCGGAGAAACGAAGUGUCCAUCAAUGUUAGUGUUAAAAGAGAAACGGGUAGCGGGCAGGAGAAGUUGGACGAAACGGAGAGAUUGCGUCGCGAACGAGAGAUCGUUGUCGACACGGAGAGUCUGGAGAAACACGAGUUGCCCGAUUAUUAUGAUUUGGAGAAUAAUAACGGGCCGAAGAGAGUUAUGAUCAGCCUGGAGAGUCCUAGGACUCGCAUAAUAAAACGUCCCAUCGAGCCAAGGGCUGAUGAGGACAAUAUGUCAAUACUAUUGGACAGUUUCGGCGCAGGGCUGGUGAUAAAAGUGUUUGGAUCACUCCUACUGGAACGGAAGGUGGUGGUGAUGGGAGACCAGCUCGGCGUUGUAUCAUCAUGCAUGGAGGCGUUACAAAGCGCCCUCUACCCGUUUGUCUGGCAGCAACCGCUCAUAUCGACGAUACCGGCGGAAAUACAACGGGAUGUGUUGGAAGCCCCUGUGCCGAUACUGGCCGGCAUGCUGAAAACGGAGGAGUGCGAUUUUAGCGUGCAAUUUGAAGAGGGUAUGCUCAUAGACCUAACCAGCGCCGGCAAAGUUCUCUUCUACCAAGGCGACGAGUCGACGAUCCUGCCGACGUCCAGUUACAAAACGCUGAAGACGUCGCUGCAGAUGGAGGCGGGCCGGCAGCGCGACGCGCGCGACGCACGCGACACGCGCGACACGCGCGACACGCGCGACACGCGCACGCGCAACGUGAUGAUAUCGGAGGCGUUCCUGCGGUUCUUUGUCGACGCGCUCGGCGACGUCGCGCGGUACCUCGUCGAGCGCGAAGUGCGCGAUGGCGAUAUGGGACGGGACGGUGUUGUUUUCGAUAAAGACGCCUUCAUAAAGAACACUUCGUCCAAACAAAACCAGUACUUCCUCGAGUGGUUCACGGAGACGGCAAUGUUCAACCACUUCAUACAAAACAUGAUUGUGUACCAACAUUCCGGCGAGGGGAAACUGAUCGACACACCCUUGACCGAUUUUUACGAACUUUUCAAUGAGCGGGUGCGAAGUCGGAACAAAACGAAUGCGAAAAUGAGUGAGAAAAACUAUAAGAGCGCCGUGAAUAAGAAAGUGAAACUCUUAAAGACUAAAUUGAGGGAUUUAGUCGGUUAGUGACUUUGUAGUGAUUUAUUUACGCUUUGAGUGAGUGAGAACUCACUUUGUGUUGAUUUAACUAACUCAUUUUGUGAUGAGAUAAGAGUGAAAAAGUGAUGGACUAGGCGUUGAACUCGCUGAGUUGAGUUGUCUCGUUUCAUGUAGCUAACUCGUUUGAGUUGAGCUAACUCAUUUCGUCUCGGGCUAACUAAAUUUUUGUUUUGUUUUGUUUUUUAAAUUUUGUUUAGCCAACUUAGCUAUGUAUAGUGUUAACUCAGUUUGUGUAAAGUUACGUCGCUUUGUAACGAGUUAACUGAUUUUGGGUCGAGAAUUUUGAGUUGGUGUUCUGAGUUUGGACCAACUUUGAGUUGGUGUAUUUUCAUAUCAAUUAUCAGGACUUUGAAGUUGCAAGUGUCGUCCUAUCACUGAUUACGAUAAGAUUUUGUAAAAUAGUUAUCUACACGAAGACAUUAGUUCGAUUCCAAUUAUAUAUACGCAUUAAAAAGAUAAUUUAUAUACUUAAUCAGUUAGAGAAAGUUGGGGUAACUCAUUGUAUUGUUAGAUAGGGCUGCGCCCUUAAAAAAU